GUCAGAUUGUCUUGUUAACACGUGAGAUAGCAGUGUACGGAAGAGAGUGAAAAGAGGGGGGGGGGGGGGGGGGAAACCGGGAGACGGAGGGCUGCACAAUUAGGCAGAAGACAGCUUUUGAGAGAGAGUUGGACUCGGCAGAAACUGCGGAGGUCCUAAUGAGGGAAUGCCGAAAAGGAGCGCAGACAUACGGCCAGAGCACCAGACAUGAGUCCGAGGUGGCGGACUGAAGACGAUGCUGGGUGCCAUGGAAGUUCCAAGUCAUGCUAGGGAUCUCCUCCUGCAGCUCAACAGCCAACGAACCAAAGGCUUCCUGUGUGAUGUUAUCAUUGUGGUGCAGAACGCCCUCUUCAGAGCUCACAAGAACAUUCUGGCUGCCAGCAGCCUCUACUUGAAAUCUUUGGUGGUCCAUGACAAUCUCAUCAACCUCGACCACGAGAUGGUGAGUCCAGGGGUCUUCAGGGUCAUUCUGGACUACAUCUACACAGGCCGCCUUAGUGAGGGAGAUCCCACUUCUCCCACUGAACCCAAUCUAGGUGCUGUCUUAGCAGCUGCCAGCUACCUUCAGCUGCUUGACUUAGUGGCUUUGUGCAAAAAGAAGCUGAAAAGAAAUGGCAAGUACCCUCCCCGCCCAGGUCCUGCAUUUCUGCCCUACCCAAAGAUGGGGCCCAACAGCAUGGGUUUAGGGAGUGGUGGCAGGUAUAGAAUUUCUACUCCUGUCAUUCAAUCUUGCCCUCCAGGAGGAAUUUUGAACAGCCAUGUAACCCGGGCAUCACCACUAGAGGAGCUAGUUCCCCAUCGACUAGCCAUUCAUGCUGGGGAGCUGUAUGCUCCAACCUCCAUCCAGGGCUCUCAGGUGUUCCCGUCCCUGCAGCCAGCUCUGCCCGCCCAGCUUGGGCGCUCAGCCCACCCUGAGAGGAACUGCUCCCCCAACUACGGCCUUGAUCUCUCCAAGAAAAGCCCCAACUCCCAUUCGCAGCACACACCCUCUCGAUCCCAUCUGGCAAACACUCACAAUGAUGAGGAGCGAAAUGGGACCCUGAGCGGCCGCAUCAGUCCCAUGCAGGGGACAAAUGGAAGGGCCUUUCCCUCAGAAAAAAUGGAUUCAACCGAUCAUGCAAGCUCCCUCACUCCUCCACAUUUCCCCCAUCUCAACCAGUCUCUUGGACCACACCUCCCCCACCUGCACCGCUCAGGCACCCAGGCCAGAGAUCGCUACCCAUGCCCCCCCAGCCCCGACACCCCAACGGAAGCUGGAGAGGCGGGGAGAGAUAUGGGAAACAUCUACCGCUGGGUGAAACAUGAGCCACUAUCAUACACAGCUGAAGAUGAAGAUGAGGAUGAGGAUGAGGAGGAGGGGGGUGAAAAUGGAGACCAUCAUCAUAACCACCACAAGGCCGGGGAGGAGAGUGAAGGAGCAGACGACAAGAGCGGGUCAGGCACAGAGGAGACAGGCAGCAGUGAAGGCCGCCCGUCCCCUUCUGGACCGAUGGGGAGGUUCCACAUGCCUUAUGAGCCAGAGAGCUUCGGGGACAAUCUCUAUGUCUGCAUCCCCUGUGACAAAGGCUUCCCGAGCUCAGAGCAGCUCAAUGCACAUGUGGAGACACACACGGAAGAAGAGCUGUAUGGCAACUCUGGUGGGGAGAUGGGAAACAGCAAUAACAGCAGCACCAAAAACAUAAGCAGCAAUACAAACGGUUAUGGGAGCCUGAACAGCAGCAACAGUUUGAACAGUCUGUCCCACCUGGAGACAAAGUCCAGCCAGGGGCUGGGUUCAGGGGGCAUCGGGGAGAUGAUGCGACCCUACCGCUGUUCCUCCUGCGAGAAGUCCUACAAAGACCCGGCCACUUUGCGGCAGCAUGAGAAGACCCACUGGCUGACCCGGCCUUACCCCUGCAGCAUCUGUGGCAAGAAGUUCACGCAGCGGGGCACCAUGACCCGCCACAUGCGCAGCCACCUGGGCCUUAAACCUUUUGCCUGCGACUCGUGUGGCAUGCGCUUCACCCGCCAGUACCGCCUCACCGAGCACAUGCGUAUCCACUCCGGGGAGAAGCCCUAUGAAUGUCAGGUGUGCGGGGGAAAGUUCGCGCAGCAGCGCAACCUCAUCAGCCACAUGAAGAUGCACAGCAGUGGAGGGACUGCAGGGGGCCUGACCACAGAUGGGAAGUUGAAGCUGGACUUUGCUGAGGGCAUCUAUCCGCUUAGUAAAUAUGCAGCAGAGCAUCUGGGGCUGAAGCAGGAGAAGGCCAAUGAGCUUCUCAUCCAAGCCCAGCAGCAACUUGUUGCUGAUGCCAAGGUCAUGGAAAGCCUCUACCCGCUGUCCAAACUGGCAUCAGAGCACCUGGGUAUCUCCCACGACAAGAUGGACGUCCUGGGCCAACCCCUUCACCCUGCCCAACAGGCCCUCUCCGACGCCCGCAUCAUUGACCGCUACUCACCCAGCUAAGACCACAAGGCCUGUAUAAAUGGCAUUCACCAAUAGGUCUGUGCGUGCACACAUAACUUGCAGUAUUCUAAAGCCAUUCACCUCAACUCGAUAUCUCCACUGCACCUCAGACUCAGGCCAAGAGAAAUUGGUCUGUUCACCAACAUGUGUAGACUGUAAGUGCCUUUCUAUGCAUCUAAUGUAUCUUAAAGUCCUCCUUCAUAAAGAACCUUUGUGCUAUUCUGUGCCCAAGAGACACUCCCUCAAACAAGUGCAGUAUUUAUGUAGAGUGUAUGCAAAAAAACAUUGAAAAAUUACAGCCAUUGAGCCAAAGUGACAAAUUGAAAACCAAAAUGAAAUUGUUUUAUUUAUUUUUGUAGUAUGGUGAAAUCCAAAGAGAAAAUGUUGCAAGGAAAUGUUGCAAUCUGACCCUAAACCUGUGUACUAAUAAGUAUCAUCUUUGUUCAAAAAAAGCACAUAAGGAAUGAAUAAGCCAACUCUUCUGGACUUUAAAGUAAUGGGUGGAUGUAUAUUGUUUUCAUUGUUUUCUGUUUUUGGGGGUACUGGACAAUUUAUGUAUCUUACUCUUCAGCUUCUCUUCAUGCGUCCCAAGUUGCAAUGAAAUGACUAAACGAUAAGAGCAAUUGCAUCAGGAUCUCGGUAAAGUCUCUGUUUUAUUUUCUCCACAUUUAAAAAAAGUAACCCACUCCCCCAUAUAUUUUGUGCGGAUAAAGGCUCCGACUUUGUGACAGUAAUAGUAGCUUAAUCAGCCUUACAUUUGUGUUAGUAUGUAACCCUUCUUGAGCUCAAACUUCCUUUGUAUUUUGAUUAACAUCCCUUAGCUUUCAGUUGUUAUUAAGAUGCAGUAAGCACAGCCCUGAGAUCUCAUAACUGGGACAUGAUCGCAAAUACCCAACUGAUGACACACUAAUCCCUGUUCAUGAUGAGCGUAGCUGCAUCUCAUAGUGUAGACGAAGCUUGGGCUUUGCCUCUGACAUAUUUGCAAUUAUGGAUGCAGUCGUACAGAAAGGCUCAGACAGAAUUAAUUGCAAAGAUAAUUGUCAGUUACUAUUCACAGCAGCACAUUGAUCCAUCGUGUAGCAGCAGUAGUCGGAUGCUGCUCCGCUGUCCGACCUCUCAUUUGACCUCCCUCCCCUGUUGUCUGUUGUCUGGGACCCCUGCUACUGUUGACAGGCCAAACUGAGUGCCUUAGCUUGAAAUGUGCUCCACUUCAACACACUCAUAUUUUCACCCCCCGUCCCUCCACACACACAAACACACACACUCACACAUAGCGAGCUGCUCAUCUGUCUGUGAUAUGAACAUAAGAAGGGGUUUGUGGGUCUCCCCUGGAAGCCAGCGGGUGAACAGCACAUCCCAGCUGCUGUGCCUCACUAAUCCCUGUGAAAUUUCACUUUCUCCUGGACAAUUUCCACUGCUCGCCGGCAUGAUGUCCCAUUUCAUGCCUGCCAUCUUACCCCUCUUACCCCUCUGAUCCACUUAUUAACAUAAUAUCCGAGCCGAGCAAAUGUAUCCCGGACUGGUAUCAAACAUAUUUCUGUGUUGGCUGACCAGAAGUUCCUCCAGCUUGAAAACGAAAGAGCACUUAAAGGUUGCGGGUUGACGACACAUUUGUCGUCUUUAAAAUGUUUAUUCCAAAGAACAUGCUGGCCUUUUCUUUUCUUUUUUCCCCACAUCUACUGGUCUUUGAUUCAGAUAAACAAUGUCUGAUCACUAUAGUGCCAAUGCCAACCUCAGUGGGUGAAUGUGAAGACUAAAGCCAUAAAUAUAUACUGUGAUAGACGUGGUGAAUCUUAAAGGCUUAAAAAAACAAAAAAAAACAGACAAUGUGCCUGGUUUUUCAGAUUGUUAAAAAAAAAAUUUAAAAAAGUAAUUUAAGGACUUCUCUUUUCUGUAGCAUAUGAUCAUAUCAAACAUGUUGUUUUCUGUCACUUACUUUCCUUUAUUUUGGUUUGAACUGAAAAUAGCGCACGUGAAACUGGUGCUUACCUCAGGACUGAACCCAGUAUGGGGACGCUAAGCUUUACUAAACCUUCGAAUUAUCAACACACACAAUUACACAGACACACAUGCACACACUCACACACAGAUUUAUUUUCAUUUUCAUAUUAACAGGGCAGUUGUCCUGUGUUAAACCUGUGGUUAUUUCUGUGUUUAUACAUUUCUUGUUACAGUUUUAUGGUGGAGAGAUAACAUGUGAUAUUAACCUUUUUUGUUUUUAUUUUUACUAUGCGGUAUACAUUUUCUAUUGUGUUGUCCUCAAAGAGGCUUGUGCCGGUCUGACCAAUUCCAUUGUUACAACAUAAGGCAAAGUCAUUUUGGUAGUAUCUUAACUGGCUGUUUGUGAAUUUCUGAACCGUACUUUAGUGAGCAUCAUCAAUCUUUGGUUUCAACCACACAUACAAGGUCUAGGUCACAGGUGUUGCGCUUUGAAAUGUCUCCAAAAGACAUAAUGUAUUCCCAGUACUUCCCUAAACAGAGAAGCAGUGGCUUUGCAGGGCGACUAUGAAAACUAGCCUCAAAUUGUGUGACCCUUUUUCUCCAGAGGUGAAAUGACGGGAGUCCGACACGCACACAAGAUGUCCGCUUGUUUUGGAUGCCGCUUCCAGUUUUGGGACUUUUUUGUUUAGCUCUUUGACAAAUAAAAAGAAAGGAUAGCUUCGAUGAAACAGUUACAGCUUGUGCAUACGUGCUAAAAAUGUUGGGGCAGAAGGAAGUGUCAGUCGUGGGAAUUUCUGUCCUCUCACUCCUUCUCGUUCACUAUUUGAAUGAAAGUCCGUCUCCUCCUUUUCCAUGCCUUACACCAUUAAAAUAACACAAAGAAGUUUCCACAGUCACUCCAAAUCUUUGCAGGAGGGAAGAACAAGAUAAUGGCAGAACAUUCUGUAGGAUGUGCACUGUUUGAAAUGUGCCUAAUUGCAUUAAUGUGUAUGCCAGACGGAGGGGUUGUGUAUCUGUAGAGAGGGGAAGCGUUUGCUUGUCUGUUUGUAUGUCCCGAUGCCAUUUAAGCUUACGGAGGGCCGUUAAUGCAUGUCCUGGGAAUAGGGUCGGUGUGAAGGAGAAGAGCUGAGGAGCAGGAAGUGAACCUUUGGCUGGUGUGUUGUGUUGAGCAGGAUGUGCCGUGUGUUUCUGCUCAGAGGCAGAUAGAGAGACGGAGAAUGGGGAGGGAGAGGAGCAGGGAGAGCGCAGCAGGGUGGAUCCGAGCCAUUGUCUCAGUAUGAAAGCCUGUUCGUACUUCUGAAACCCUCCAUUCAGAAAACAAGUAAACUGUAUCUUCUCUUUUCCUUCCCCUCUUUGCUCUUUGGGAAUAGACCUCUGCUCAGUGUCACGCCGAUACGACAUUAUGGGCUUUCAAGGGCCGCGCGGCGAAGCAGACAUUUAGUUACAACUUGAGGAUGUUGAGGAUAAAAUGGUUUGGCAUCCUUUUGGUCACAGGAAUACGUCACAAUAUUUGUAAAUAUUUAUGUCGAUGAAUAUAUAUUUUUAAUUGGGGCAGGGUUGAUCAAUAUGGAGGGCCUAGAAACUAUAAUCUAAAUCACAAUUUUAAAAAAGCUGGCAGAAUUUGUAUUGCUCUGUGGUUGAUUCAAUUAUUAAAAAUUACAAAAUUCUUGUUUGAAUUUACUGGUGUUGCCACCCGCCCCUUGGUGUUUUAUGCCAUAUCCCAUUAUUAAUGUUAUUUGUUUGACACAACAACCCAGAAAACCUCUCAUUGCCACCAAAGUGGAUUAGAUGAAGAUGUUUUAAAAGUAAUAAAAUUAAGCAUUUCAAACGAUUUAUUAGUUACAUUAAUUGAUAUAAUAAAAAUUAAUGAAUGCAAAUAUAAAAGAGUGCAGUAAUACAAACCACCAACAUUUUAUUAUUCAGGCCACUCGAUUUCUCUCUAAUGUUGUGGCAACCAUCCCAGGCCGUAACUUUUAGAACACUAACACUAUAGAAGUACAAAUCUGGAUGACUUCCAAUGGCCCUGUGUAGCCAAAAAAGGGUUUAGGUUAAAUGUUGAAACAUUCAAAGUAUGCCUUUAAGCUUUCUACCGGCGGCAGCAUUCAAGGUCACGAUGUGACUCUGACAGGCUGUAUAAUCCCGAUCUGCAAUCAUAGUUGUUUGACAUUUAUUAUAUUUCACGAUGUGUGCCUAAAGGACUGAAGCAGAUGCUCAAAGCAAAACGACGAUCUUUAUAUUUUCCACGGGUUGCAUUGUCGAGCUAAGCUUCUGACCAACUUUGACUUUUCCUUAUUAUUAUUAGUUCUCUAUGAGGCUAAUGUGGCAUGAGAGCACAGCGCAGACGUGCCACUGUGGUUCAGUGUACAUACUUCUUUUUCUCAUUUUAAAUGUAAGCUAGAGCCAAAUUAUAUUAAUAUUCAAGCCUUAUUUUGGUGUUGAAACCAAAAACUGAUUCCAACUUAAGUCAACCAAUACAAUCGUGCCUUCAAUAUAACAAGUAUUGAUUCUGCUCGUGUAAGCAUGUGUGCUUGUAUGCCUGUGUGUCGGUGUUCUGAUGUGUCCACAAAGUGCACCUGUCCAUCUAUAUGUCUGAAUGUCGUUCCCACAGUGGAGCAGAGUGAAGUACAAGAGAGAGAUUUGACACUUUCAAGAGUCUUUAUUCCAAGCAGCUGCUUUAGAUUUAUUUCCCCAAACUGCACUUUUCUGGAAAAAUCAUUGUAUUGUGAUUUUUUUAUUACUCUUAUGAUCCCCUAGAAGUCCCACAAUUGCCUUUCCCAUGGCACUUAGCUCUCUUUUGCCUUCCUCCUGUUCCUCCUUGUGCAGAGCUUUGCCAUGCUUGCUCACUGCCCUCGUUACCUCGAAGCACAACUUCCCUCCUCACCGCUCUCUGUCCCUUCUCUCUUCUUACACUCAACACGAACCGUUGACCCACAGUGCCCGCUGCCUCCCUCCUCUCCCACGAUCCACUUACUUCCAGCUGUUUUUCAUGCUGAAAAAGAUAGUUGUCUAAAUGUUUAUGUGAGAAGCUACUUUCUUUUUCUUUAAACCCUGAUCAAUUUCCAAAACGAACUUUGUGGCAUGUGUUAAAAUACAGGAGAUGACGGGCCAAAUAAAAAAAAGGUCUGACAUCAUUAUUAUAUUCUGAUCCUCAAGCCAAGAAAAGGCUUACAAAGGGAGAUUAAAGGCAGCAUAUCGUUGUAGAGGAAAUGCAGAAUAAUGUGAGGGGAAAUGUUCGGGGGAAAAUAUGCUCAGAAAGAUGCCAGUAAAGUAAACAUGUAUGAAAUUGCACAAUUGAGCCGGGCCUCCGCUGCACCAGCCAAGUCAUGCACUGAGAUGGAGAGAACAAGUAAGGGAGCGGAGUUGAGAGGAAAAAGAAACGGAGAGAAAAAUAGCCCGUGCUUGAUAGUCACAACCUUCAGUAAAUCACCAGGAAAAGCUGGCUGCUUUGUGAGUCUCUUCACCUAUUCAUUCUGUGAGUUUACUCUGUUUCAUUUCCCUCUUUUUGGACAUUAUCUUGUGAGGAAAUGUAGUUUUUUGCCUUUUCAUUGUUUAUUGCUGCAGGUCAUUGUCAAGGUUUUUUUUUCUUGUAAAUGUUAAUGUUCAUGUCAGCGUGCCCUCAGAGAUGUCAUCCUUUUUCCAGACCUAACAAUUAUCAUCCAAUCAGUACACAACCCACAGUAGGCUCUUUGUAGUUGAAUAGAAAAGGGGGUUCUGGCUAACGUGUCGUCUUCCAUCUGUUUAGCUUGGACCUCUGUUUCUGUCUCUACCUUGAACACAUACAAGACAAACUAAGUGGACUUUGGCUGGAAUCUUUUCGUUUACAGUGUACAACUUCUGCUCCAGAAGUUUAAAUUCAAAGACAAACAAAGAGCAAGGACAAAACAAGCAGGAAUUUGGAAGAGCAAAAGUUGGUCAAGGAGAAGAUUUGAAUGUAUAUAUUUCACACAACAAACACAGACACACUUGCACGCACGCACGCACGCACGCACGCACGCACGCACGCACGCACACACGCACGCACGCACACACACACACACGUGGACACACACAGCUGCAUGGCAGACUGCUGCUCCAGUCCAUAUUAGAUCAGAUUUAAUUAGGUUUCCCUGCUCCGUUUGGACUGUCGCUUCUUAUAGAAAAAGCCAUUAUUAAAGAAAAGGUGAUUCCACUGACAGCUUCCACCCAACACACACUAAAACCUGCGCCAAAAUGUUACAGAGCCUCAGGGGCCUCACACACACAUACACACACACACACACACACACACACACACACACACACACACACACACACACAAAACAUUCUGGUUUUGGGAAAUGGCGAAGGGUAGAAGUGAUGGAUUUUGAUCUAAUGGAGAUCAGUGUGAUGUUUCGAGGUGGUUGUAUGACUAGUUGUGAUUCAUAAGAAAGUUCAUCAGUAACACAGAGUGCCACGCAGACAGCAGUAACAUUGGGAUGAAUGGAAAAGAAAAUACACAACAGAGCAUACAUGACUCAUUUAAAAUGGAAAUUAUAUUUUUCAGUGGAAGACAGGAUCUUAUUUCAGCAGGCGUGAAGCAAACGUCCAUGAAACAUCAAUAAUGUCCAUUGUUUCAUUUUGUGGUUUUACAAGAGUUUAUACCAUGAAAACAAUUCAAAGCAAUACAUUUAACCAAACAGUAUUUUUGCAUUUUCUGCAUUUCAUUGUCAAUAUUGAUCUUACUUUGCUUAGAGAAAUGAAUGUAUUUAUUGCAUGUCAAAAUGUUUUAUAAUGAAUUUUAUGUGUACAUUUCUAUUGUGGGUUUUUAUAAUUUCAUUUAAUUAUGGUGUCUUGAUAAAAUCAUGUUGAUAAGGCUUUUAUUUUGUUAAAAGCCAAUGUGAAAAAUGUCAUGUUUGUUUUGUUUGUUAGUAUACUUAAAAUCAACUUGGCAAUAAAGUGAA